ACGUGGAGCAGCGGCGCGCACAAGCGCCGCGCGUUUCCAGCCGCACGACUAGCAUCCACUUAAGCCCCUCGCGCCACCCACCGCCCUGCGGUCGAUCACGGGCUCACGAUGGCCGCGCUAGCAGAUCUCGUGCCGUGCCCCGCGGAAUGGCCGAGGGCGGCCAUGGCGGCGCUCGCGGCCGCCGUGUUCGCGGCCCUGGACGUCGUCGACGUGCUCCUCUGCCUCGUCUACGGCGUCCUCGACGGCUUCCUGGAGGAGAUCCCGCUCGGCUGCUACUGCCACCGGAGCCGGGGAAAGGCCCCGGCGGUGGGGGAGGAGGAGGCCGACGGGGUGUCCGACACAUUGUACGUCCGGAGGAGCGCGUGCCGGGACGCGCUGCUGCGGCUCCUCGGGGCGGUCGGCGGGGGGACGAGGAGGAAGGAGGACGCGUCGCCGGCGAAGGCCCGGAGCCCGAGGUGGUCCGACUGCGGCUGCGGGAAGUGCGGCGCGUGGCGGAGCAACGGCGGCGACCGGCUGCACUUCGUCCUGCAGGAGCCGACGGCGCCCAAGAAAGGUGCAGAGGAGACGCGAAGCGAGAGUGGUCGCGGAGACGACGCCAUCUUCAUCCACGGCUUCACGUCCUCCUCCUCCUUCUGGGCGCAGACCGUAUUCCCCGAACCCGCCGCCGCGAACCACCGCAGGCUGAUCGCCGUGGAUCUCCUCGGCUUCGGCGACAGCCCCAAGCCGGCGAACUGCGCGUACACGCUGCGGGACCACGUCGAGGCCAUCGAGCGGAGCCUCAUCGAUCCGCUCCACCUGGGCUCGUUCCACCUCGUCAGCCACUCGAUGGGCUGCACCGUCGCCAUCGCCCUGGCCGCCAAGCACCCGGCGCGGGUCAAAUCGGUCACGCUCGUCGCGCCGCCGUACUUCCUGCCGUGCGAGGAGAGGGCGAGCCAGGUGGCGCUGCGCAGGCUCGCGGAGAAGAAGCUCUGGCCGCCAUUGCUGUUCGGCUCGGCGGUGAUGUCUUGGUACGAGCACAUCGGGAGGACCAUCUGCUUCGUCGUCUGCAAGAACCACCGGUUUUGGGAGUGGCUGAUCAAGAUCCUCACGCGCACGAGCGGCGUGGACAUCGUGGUGAGGGACCUGACGAGGCACACGCACCACUCGGCGUGGCACACGAUGCACAACGUGAUCUGCGGCGGGGCGAGGGCGCAGGACCGGAACCUGGAGGCGCUGGCGGCGGCGGGGGUGCCGGUGAGGGUCGUCCAUGGCGACGCAGACCAGGUGGUCCCGGUCGAGUGCAGCAGCCGCCACCUGAAGUCGAAGCUCCCGCACGCGGAGCUGCGUAUCGUCGGCGGGCGCGACCACCGGACGGUGGUGUUCGGCAGGGAGGAGGAGCUGGCCCAAGAGCUCCGGGCGUUCUGGUCGGGCUGCGAGAAGGCAGGGUGUGCAGGCUAAUGGAUGCCGAGUAAUGAAACGACACGAAAUCUCAAACGAUGCCGGAUAGUCAUAGUGUACAGAACUACAGGAUGAAACUGUAGGAAACAUGUUGUUGUUCUCUUACAGCAGAGGGAUUUUUGCUGGUAUCUUUUUAGAAUGAAGGCAUCACGUCAUAUUCCAUUUUUCAUUGAAA